UAGGCCCGUUUAAAGAAAUAUGCCAAGUUACUACUCCUUAGGAUUUCCACCAACGGGACAAGCUUCAGUCAUGGGCUCCUGUGUAUCCAGAUCCAAAGAAGCAGCUUUAUUAAGUCUUAUGGAGAGAACUGGGUAUCAGAUAAUUCAAGAGAAUGGCCAGAGAAAGUUUGGACCACCGCCAAAUUGGGAAGGACCUCCACCUCAAAAGGGAAGUGAAGUUUUUGUGGGGAAAAUUCCACGAGAUCUCUACGAAGACGAACUUGUUCCUGUGUUUGAAAAAGUUGGAAGAAUUUAUGAAGUUAGGUUAAUGAUGGAUUUUAGUGGAAGCAAUCGUGGUUACGCGUUUGUGAUGUUCAUGAAUCCUUUGGACGCUAAAAAGGCUGUGAAAGAACUGAACAAUUUUGAAAUUCGAAAAGGCCGCUUUAUUGGUGUAUGUAAGUCAGUGGAUAAUUGUCGACUUUUUGUAGGAGGAAUUCCGAAAACGAAAGAAAGGGAGGAAAUACUAGAAGAAAUGAAAAAAAUAACUGAAGGAGUCGUAGACGUUAUUCUAUAUAGAAGCAUCCCGGACAAAACUAAAAACAGAGGCUUUGCUUUCGUUGAAUAUGAAAAUCAUAGAGCCGCAGCUAUGGCACGUCGCAAAUUGAUUCCAGGUAAAAUCCAGCUGUGGGGGCAUGAAAUUGCUGUAGAUUGGGCAGAACCCGAACCUGAAGUGGAUGAAGACACAAUGUUAAAAGUAACAGUGCUAUAUGUGCGAAAUCUAAUGCUUAGCACUACAGAAGACAGUAUUAAAGAAGUUUUCUCGCUCAACGGGUUAGUCCGAGUGGAGAAAGUAAAAAAACUAAGAGACUUCGCAUUCGUGCAUUACAGAAGCAGAGAUGAUGCUCAAAGAGUACUAAUGGCCGUGAAUGGUACCGUUCUAGACGACUCAAAUAUUGAGGUUACCUGGGCAAAACCUGCUGACCGUUCCAAACAGAAAACUCAAAGUGUUAGCAAGUCAACUUCGUACGGCCCUGUAGUUUAUGGACAACCUUUUGAAACGUUGGGCUACAGUGUUCCUUCUAAUUUAUACCCACCUCCAACGGCCACAGCCAUGUCUACCACAGGGCAAGAAGUCUUUCGACGUGGAAAUGAAAAGGCCAAGGAAGUGAAAAGCAGACCAGAAUCAUUUGAACCUACUUUGAAUAAAGUUAGACAAACGGCAGGAUUAAAGUCUCCUUCAAAUUAUAAGGGGAGAAAACAGUACCGAGUGGCUUUGGAUAUACUAGUGUUGUAUCGAUAUUUUCAUCUGUGUACCCAAGGGCCUUUGGUUCCUAAGAUGGCAAUACGAGGACGUGGGCGUGGCGCAGGGGGCUUGCGUGGAUCUAGAGUGCUUUCAGCUUGCACUAGUCGAGGAGCAUCUGUUCAAAAAAACUCUGUGAAGCUUCUGGAUGACCUUUGUAAGAAAAACAACUGGGGAGAACCUGUUUUCUGUCCAAUCUCAGUUUUUAGUAAUGAACAAGGUGAUAACAAUCAUCUUUACAGCUACAAGGUUAUCAUUCCCCAGUUACCUGCUUUUUACAACCAGUUCCAGUCUACCAAAUUUAGUUGUAACAUAGAACAGGCUAAACUGGUGGCUGCUGAACAUACUCUCAAUCAGCUGGGAAUAUCCAUCCAAGCUUAUGAACAUUACUUCGAACAGAUUCCACCAUCUCAGCUUCAUCUACCAUACUGAAACCUGUCAAGAAUUGUUCAUGCACCAGAAAGUUAACUCCAUUCUACAUUUAUACUGACUUUUUAAAUUGAGUUACACAUAUAUCAGUAACGUAAAUACCAGUUUUCAAGAGAAAUGAAAAACAUAGUAUGCAUGGCAUAGUUACCUUCUAUAUUGUAAUAUCAGUUUUGUUAAUUUUUCGUUAUUUCACCUAUCAUUAGAAUUUAUUCUGAGACACUUAUUCAACUUUAUUUAAAAUUUCAACAUAAAAUGAUUCAUUACAUUGAUUCACUUAAUUGUUUUGUCCAUCUUUUGCUAAUUUGUAUUGACUAUUUUUAACUUCUUUAACUUUUUUUACAUAUUAUUUACCAAUAAGUAGUUGAGGUGUCCUUAUCUCUUACCUACUUACAUAAAUUUUGAAAGAAACACAUCAUCAUAAUUUGAAUACAUUCUAUGAACAAUUCAAUUUAAAUGUUGGAAAUAAAUUUUUCUCACAGUUAUUUAAAAGUAAGUUGAAUUUUGUAUGAUAUUUGAAUUCAAGUUGUUACUUCAACAAGUUUCACUUAUAAUUCUGAACAUAGAAACAUAGUAGAGAAUUUUUAUUAAAAUGCUAUCUCUGGUAGUUUUAAUACUGAAAGUAAACACAAGAUGUGAAAAUAUUUCAUAGAAACUAUCAUAUUGUUGAAAUGUGUUUGGUUUUAUUUUUAAUGUAUUUACUCAAGGUUGUGAAUUUUUUAAUAUAGUAUUGUUUUAAUUUCAAGACUUAAGAGCCAAAAGUAUGGCAAAAGUUUAAUUAUAUUACAUGUAUGUAUUUAAAUACAAGCUUUGUUGGUAUCAUGGGUGGAGAUCAUACAUUUGUGUUUAAAAUGUAGCAACCAAUUCAUAGCAAAGAAUAGAUUAACUUUUCCUUUUAGUUAUCUAUUCUAAUGUUCUAAUAAACAUCAAAUUAUCAAAAGAAGAAAAAAAUAAGGCUGAUUGAAAAAUUUAGGUAAUUUUAAGAAAUCAAAAAAGCUUUGAGAAAUCACUGAUUACCAAUUGAGUUAAGUUUCUAAUAAACUACAAAAUAUUUGAGGAAAUCAUUGAUUACUAAUUCAUCUAAUUUUCUGCUACACCAUAAAUUAUUCUGAAUAAAUGACUAAUUAAGAACUUUGAAACUACCAGAUUAACAUCAUUCAUUACUGUAGAAUUCUAAGUUAUAUGAGAAAAUAAUUAAUUUUUGCAAAAAAUGGCACUAGUUGUUCUCUCACAAACACAAGUUCAUAGUUAAUACAUAAAUAAUUCUUGCAUGCAUAUCGAAAAAUGAAAAAAAAAACACUAACUUUUAGACUAUGUUACAGAUAAUAAUGGUUUA